AUGGCACCAAAGGCUGAGAAAAAACCCGCAGAGAAAAAACCAGCUGCCGAAAAGGCUCCCACCGCCGAGAAAUCAUCAAAGGCCGGGAAGAAACUUCCCAAGGACGGCGCCGCCGCAGCCGGAGACAAGAAGAAGAAGAGGGCAAAGAAGUCAAUUGAGACUUACAAGAUCUACAUUUUCAAGGUGCUGAAACAGGUUCACCCUGAUAUCGGAAUUUCAAGCAAAGCCAUGGGUAUCAUGAACAGUUUCAUCAACGACAUUUUUGAGAAGCUUGCUCAGGAAUCUUCUAGACUUGCAAGGUACAAUAAGAAGCCGACUAUUACUUCACGGGAAAUUCAAACCGCCGUCCGAUUGGUCCUUCCCGGUGAAUUGGCUAAACAUGCUGUUUCUGAGGGUACUAAGGCUGUUACCAAAUUCACUAGCUCUUGAGAUUUGAUAGGUUUUUGCUCUGUUUUUAUCUUUUGGUUUCUGGUGCGUUUAUGAGUUCAAUUAGAGUUUGGUGAUGUAAAGAGGAAAAAUUGGCUAACUUUUAGUGUAAUAUUUUAUAGUUCUGCAUCUGUAACCAAAACUGGUAGUUAUGCUAAUU